UUUUUCAAUAACCAAAUCUUAAGAAGACCCUGCUUAUAGACAACCAAAGAUACAGUGCCAAGUAUUGCUAGUUCAUAAGAUUAGUCAGUCCUCUCAACAUUAUUAUUGAAGGUUGCAUAAACGAAGAGACUGAACUUCAACCAGAUCCACAAGUGAGUAAACCCAAGUUGAUAUGGCUGUGCUACUCGAAAAUACUACCAAUAUAGUGUGGCAAGCUUUCGUCUCUCUCCAGCAAGACGACAGUGGUUUCGUGCAUAAAUCAAAAUUGAAGGUGCUCACAGCUAAUAUUGGAACUGUACUGGAUUUAUACGGGGUAGAAAAAGGUAUAGAACACUUCAGGAGUUCGCAGACACUGAACUUCAUCCAGUACAAAUACUACCUCCAAAAGGAAGUUUUCAGCUCCUUACCCGACAAGCUCAACCUCACCGAGCUCAGAAACUACGAAUCCAGCAUCGCGGACAUCUGCUGGGUGCUGUGUAGAAAACAAUUCACACCUAGAAAAAACUCGAAAUUUUCCGAAACAUCCCUGUUUCAAAUAUUCCGAAUAUUUUCAGUUUUAGCCGAACUAAUACCGGAUAGUAAAAAUGAAAAUGGAUAUCAGGUGCUCCUUCACCCCUCCGAGGCUCGCUAUGUAUCCCAAAAGGUAGCUAAAUCCUUAGGGUGCCACUUCGAUGACGAAGAUUUCAUCAACCUGAACGUCUCCAUGAGCAGCAUCAGGUUCAGCGCCUUCGUAGCGCUGAUAGAAUCGAAAUGCCUAUCGGGAAUCACAGAUUCCCUAGCAAUUUCUGAGGCCAUAGCCGAUAUUUACCAGACCAUUGUAGAAGACGUCAUCAAGAAGGGUCUGAUGACCAAGAAGGGCUACAUAUUCCCAGCCAUGAGGGAGUUCUGGUUUGUGUUACGCCCUUCAGAAUUAACCUAUUUCAAAACACGUACCGAAAAAGACAGAUGCGGUACGAUUCCCAUUGAAUCCGGAAGUAGAAUCGAAUCCAAAUCCGGAAACAGGAUUGCCUUGUGUACUCCUGACAGAACCUACGAGUUUGGAACAACGGACUAUAUGACCAGACUACAAUGGAUCUCAGCCUUUCAGCUUGCAGCGGAUCACGCUGAUGGUUCCCAGAGCUACCAGCGGCUGCAGUUCGCCAAGAGAAAACUCCUGAGACGGGAUAGGUUUCAAGAAAUGGUCAUAGCCAAAGCGCAGCUGCAACAGGAGAGGAUCAUGAGGGAAAUGGCUGAAGAUGAAGCUAAGGAGUUGAAAGCGGUGGUGAUUGAGGAAACUAAGAAGUUGAACGACUUGGAGGAGCUGAAGGAGAAAUUGGAGAAGCUUUUGGUCGAGGAAACGCAAGCGAAAAGGGACGAGGAGAUUGUGAGGAAUCUACAAGCGAGAGUACUGGCCGAGGAGUGGGAGAAAAGGGAGGAGUUGGAAAGGCUCCAGGAAGAGCAGAGGCUGCUGCUGGAAGAGGAAAGAAAAAAGAGAUUGGAGUUUGAGGAGCUGCAGAGAAGCAAAGAACAACAACUGAGAGACGCUGAAGAAAGAUUGAAGCAGCUGGAGAAGGAAAAACAGCUGCUAGACGACCAACUCAGGAAUGCCCACCAAAAUAUCAAGAAAUCGGAAAACGAGAAGGAAAUUAUAGAGGCUAGGUUAUAUCAAGUGUCACCAAGUCUCAAAAAUGCGACCCCAGUUAGAAGAAGUCAAUCCUUCAUCCCAAGCACCAAGCAACGACCCAUCAUUCUGAGAUCAACAAAAAAACAGGAUACUGAUAAAAGUAAAAGAUCCUCAGAAAUUUUGGAUUGAUACUGAUUAUGAGGACCAUAUACUAUUUAAAUAUUAUAUUUGAUUUUCUGAUUCAGUUUUCAAGCGCUCUCUAUAAAAAAAUAACUGUAAAUGAUUCGAAAUAAAAAUAAGAUAAAAAAUAAAAA